UAAACAUGAAACAAAUUAAAUUUGUUCCAGUUUAAUUGAAUAAUGGCUGUGUCUAACGUGACGUUGCCUUCUCUCUACGAAUAUUACACUAGUGGUGGUAUUAAAACCGGUCUUUCAGCGAACCAAUCGUAUUUUACGUUAAAUAACCGAAAUGUGACACUUUACAGUGGUGCCAUGCACUAUUUCCGGGUACCACGGCAGUACUGGAGAGACCGUUUGCGUAAAAUGCGAGCUGCAGGUUUAAACACAGUCGAGACAUACAUUCCGUGGAAUUUACACGAACCAAAUGACAAUUUCUACGAUUUUGGUACCGGUGGUACCGACAUGGAGGAGUUCCUCAAUGUCCGUCAAUUCCUCACAAUAGCACAAGAAGAGGAUUUGUUCGCUAUUAUUCGUCCAGGGCCUUAUAUUUGCUCCGAGUGGGAAUUUGGGGGGUUCCCAAGUUGGUUAUUACGUCAAAAAGACAUCAAACUUCGUACUUCAGACCCAACUUAUAUGAAAUUUGUCACGAGGUACUUCAAUAUACUCUUAUCGUUACUUACCAUCUUCCAAUUCACACAUGGGGGCCCCAUUAUUGCCUUCCAAGUCGAAAAUGAGUAUGGUAGUACCGAACAACCUGGUAAAUUCACCCCCGACAAACUCUACCUCAAACAACUCCGCCAAAUUAUGUUAAACAACGGAAUUGUGGAGUUGUUAGUGACGUCAGAUAGCCCCACCCUUCAUGGUACCGCUGGUACCAUCCCGGAGUACUUCCUCCAAACUGCAAACUUCGCCACUGAUCCUGAAUCCGAAUUUGACAAACUCAAACAACUCCAAAUGGGUAAACCGACCAUGGCGAUGGAAUUCUGGACUGGGUGGUUCGACCAUUGGUCCGAGAACCACCAUACUAGAGACAACAACGACUUUUAUGACAUUUUAAACCGAAUUUUGAAAUAUCCAGCGUCGGUUAAUAUGUAUAUGUUUCAUGGUGGUACCAAUUGGGGGUUCUUGAACGGUGCCAAUUUAAAUAACGACGCUGUGGACAAUUCGGGGUACCAACCGGAUACCACUAGUUACGACUAUGACGCCCCCUUGUCCGAAAAUGGCGACUAUACGACUAAGUACCAUAUUGUGAAACAACUACUGGAGGAGUACAACCAAGUCAAGACACGGGUACCACCAGUACCUAGAACCAAACCAAGUCGGAGGUACCCACCGGUACCAAUCACGGGUCAAUUACUCCUCGAUGAGAUUAUUGAAAUGGUACCAGUGAGGUACCAAAGUCGGGUACCACUCCCCAUGGAACUACUCCCAUCGGGUCAAAGCUACGGUUAUAUUAUUUACCGUAAAGUGAAUGUGACAAUACCGGCAAAUGGCACGUUAUUAAUCUCGGGACAUGUCCACGACACGGUCACAGUCCUAGUUGAUGGGUUCCUUCUCAACAAACCGUUGAAAAAAUCACGUGAUUUGAACCAUUUUGGUUAUUGGCGGGUUAAAGACUCGACUAUUACGUUGAGUACCCAGAACCUAACCGGUGCCACUUUAACUCUGAUGGUGGAGAAUUGGGGUCGAAACAAUUUCGGGCAUUUGGAACAGUUCAACCAAUUUAAGGGUUUAUGGCAAGGGGUGUUUUUGGAGGGUGAGGAACUCCUAAAUUGGGAUAUAGUACCACUCGAGUUUAGGAAGAAAUGGUCAAAGGAUUUGGUUGGGUGGCAUAGACCAUACAAGGGAUGGGCACCUGGACCGGCCCUUUAUCGUGCCAUUUUACCCAUUGAAGUACCAGAAGACACCUUUAUUGAUAUGGAAAAAUGGGUCAAGGGCAUUGUUAUAGUCAAUGGGUUUGUUUUAGGGCGUUUUGCAAGGAUUGGGCCACAACAAACGCUUUAUCUCCCGGGGCCCUUUUUGAAAAAAGGGAACAACACGAUUUUGGUUUUUGACCAUUUUGCUAGAGGGCACGAAGUGAGUUUUUCCGAAAGGGCCAAGUACAAAACAAGGGCUAAAUUUACCACUUGGUAACUAAUAAACAAAUAAAU